UUUGGUGGGACAGACACAGUACUGUAUAGAAAAAAAUGUACUGCAAGCUGAUUAAAUUCUGUGUAUUCAUAUAAAUGUAUUUUUAAUUUUCGUUCCGUGAAUUAAUUGAAAUAAGUUGUAUUCUGUUCGGACGUUUUGACUUUUGGAUGGUUAAAUCAUUUUUGGUUAUUCGUGAAAAUGUUGUCUGCUAUCAAGAUUGGAGGCCUUCAGCAGAGGUUCUUGUUUGCAGCAUCCCUGGUCUAAAGCAGAAUUCUUGAAGCGCAUGGUGUAUAGCAGUGGCUCAUUAGUGUUCUCAGUUGUCAAAUAUGGAUGCAUCAUACACUGCUUUGUCACUUAUGGCUUUGCUGUCACCAUUUGUGAAGGGAAGUCUAUGGAGCCAUACAUAACCAGUGGGGAUUGUUUUAUAUCGGAGAGAUUCAGUGUGAGAACAUACAGAUUACAGCGGGGUGAUGUUGUUGGGGUGAGGUACUACAUGGAUCCCAACUGCUUCGUCUGCAAGAGGAUCGUGGGCUUUGAGGGAGACAAAGUCUACAACUCCACCACUCAACAUCAUGUCUGGGUGCCCAAGGGUCAUGUUUGGUUAGAGGGAGACAAUAAGGAACGCUCCCUCGACUCCCGAAACUACGGCCCAGUACCGUAUGCACUCAUAGACACCAAGCUGCUCUUUAAGAUUCUGCCCGCUAAAGCCAGUAGAUGACAGUGUUUUUAUUGCCAUAAUAGAUCUACAUAAGUAUUGCAAAUUAUUUAUUUUUACUGAAAUUUUAUAUUUUGUUACAGUUUUGUAUUGUUUAAUUAACAUAAUAAAGAUGUUCAUAAACUAUUUUGUUUUACUGAAUAGUUAAGGGGGUCAAAUAUAAAAUGACCAAAGAUUAAAAUUCAAAUAUACAGCUAUGCACGAUAUUACUGGCAACCACACCAAGGUCCAUCCUAAAAGUUACUUAAACAUCACAAAAUCUUUUGGGUUGGACAAAGUUUCUGAUCAAAGGCUUGCAGAAAUUAUCAUGCUGGUGCUACUGAAUGAAAAUAAUAAACCAAAUAUGAAUUAUGAGUGAGACUGAUGUAACUGAUGUGAUAUGCUUCACUACUGGGCUUAAUGAAGUAAGUUCAAACACAUAAUGUAAUAUAUGUCAUAAGUGAAGUUUCAAGGCUAAUAUUUCCAAAGUAAAUGUUGCACUCUUUUAGGCUAUGGAAAAUGUCCUUUAUGUAAAUACAUUAUGCCUCUAAACAUGGCUAUCAAGUUUGGUAAAAUUGAAUGAUAAAUAUGUCAUACACGGUGAAAUUGGUCAUUUUUUUUUAAAGUGGUUGUGAUAUUAUUCCUCUAAACAUUGUGACCACAAUUUGGUAGGAUUUGAAAAGAAAUGUUCAUUUAGAAAGCGGACAAAGGAUUUGAAAAGAAAUGUUCAUUUAGAAGGCGGACAAAGUGAAUUCAACUUUGACAUUGUAUGGGCCCAAACCUGAAAUGAAUAAUGCAAUUUGGCUUUUUAUUGAAGUUCAGCGAGAUAUGCACAUUCAUCUAUCAGAUAUAUCACAUUCGUUUCAAAAUCCACAUUAGGUAGUAGUCAAAUCAAUAGAGAGAGCCAUAUUGGGUUAAAAUACUAGAUUUUACUCCUAGAUAUUAUCAAUUUUUGAAAAAUCUUUCUCAAUUAUUGCUGGCUUUGAGGGUAUAUGAUAACAUUUUGACAAUACUCGAUCACUGUUUUAUCCCCAGUAACUAUUGCAUAAGCAAUGUGCAAGCAAGAGAACUGUUUUUUUUGGUAAAUUUUGACAAUUCAAGGGCCAUAAAUCAAAAGUAAAACAAGCAUUCUAGCUGUUCAUUAACUAUAUUUAUAUCUUGGUACUGAUAUUAUACCAACUAAAGCUGUCAUUAGAGUGAAUACCACAAGCCGCCUAUACACAGGUAUGGUUAACUAUUUCCAAGUAAAAAGUAUUUAAAUCUGUCAACCCUUUUGGAAACCAUGUUUUUUUACGGUAUGUUGAACAGGGGAAGCAACUCCAUUAAAAUUAAUGGUUAACAAGCUAUAUUAUAUGGUUUUCAACAUACAUGUAUGUACCGAAACAUAUAUCAAUCUGUUAACUCUUUCACAAGUUUUUGUCUUGACACCUGAUUUUGGGCCAAUUCCAUGCUGAAGAGGAGCUAUAAUUCUGUAAAAAAUUGGUAGUUUGUUACCAAAGUUGUCGAACUUACCCUGUAUUUAUGAUGUGAAAUAUUUACCAAAACUAAUUUAAAGCAUUUAAUACCUUCAUGACUUAACAUCCGGCCACUGUUAUAACAAACAGACUGACCAAUAAGCUCUCAUAUAAACCCUUUAACAUACAAUGUAACCAAGUUUGACGAAGAGAUAUACUCAAGUGAGUGUGAGGACAAAGAAUAUAUUGUCAAAAUUUGACAAUUAAUUGGCAAUAACUUAUAGUGGUCGAAAUUAACACAAGCCCACAAGCCCUGCACUGGCCCACAAGCCCUGCACUGGUAAUAUGUCUUCCGGGCUAAUAACUCCUGACAUAAAAGUGCAAACUGGCUGUUGAUCAAAUUUUGUCAUAUCAAGGGCCAUAAUUCCAGAGUGAAAAGUGCAAUCUGGCUGUUGAUCAAAUUUUGUCAUAUCAAGGGCCAUAAUUCCAGAGUGAAAAGUGCAAACUGGCUGUUGAUCAAAUUUUGUCAUAUCAAGGGCCAUAAUUCCAGAGUGAAAAGUGCAAUCUGGCUGUUGAUCAAAUUUUGUCAUAUCAAGGGCCAUAAUUCCAGAGUGAAAAGUGCAAUCUGGCUGUUGAUGAAUUAUUGAGAUAUUAUGCUUAUAAACACUGCGCCACACUUAGGCA